UUUCGCAUUCCCAAACCAAGCUCUCUUCUCUGCUGGAGUGACGCGCCUUAUUCCUUUGGCGUCUUCCCUGACUCUCCUUGAUCGAAUUGUCUCCCAGAAUGAUAGCACCGUCGCCAUCUUCGCAAACAUAGACCCCACGAAAAGCCCUUCCGUCCUGCCCCACGCUUGACGACAAACUUCCUACGAUUGCGCUUCAUACCAGGAGAUGGAAAGGCUUUCACUUCAUGAUAAUCCUGCUGCGGCCCAGCAGGCCAAUGCGCAGCAGGGUCAACCGCCCCAGAAUGUGCCCUUGCAACCUCCAUCGGGCCCGAUAGUGCCCCAGGGCCCUCCGCAACUACCUCCGCAGAUGUUCACGACUGCGGCACAAUUGUUGGAUUUGACAGAUAAGAAACUUGUUAUAAUCCUUCGAGAUGGAAGAAAGUUGAUUGGUGUCCUAAGGAGCUGGGAUCAAUUCGCGAAUCUCGUUCUCCAAGAUACCAUCGAGCGUAUCUACGCCGGAAAUCUCUUCGCUGAUAUUCCUCGAGGCAUCUACUUGGUCCGAGGAGAGAACGUCUUGCUUUUGGGUGAAAUCGACCUUGACAGGGAAGACGAUAUCCCACCCAACUGGCAGAAGGCACCGGUCCAGGAAGUUUUCGAGCUCAAGAAGAAGGAGGACAGCGAGCGAAAACAGCGCGACAAGACCCGCAACAAGCAGUUGCAGACCCUAGGCUUCGAGCCAGAACACAGUGGAGAGAUCAUUUUUUGAGAUCCGCAUGUCACCCGCUCGGGGCAGCGCACCACUACGGUUGCGGGCAGCCCUGGUAUUCUGGCAGAGGUGAUUCGAAAACCGUAUGCUCAAGUUCGGGGAAAUUUGAGGCCUCGACGUAUGGCCAACCUUCGUUGGACGAAAAUAGUGGAAACAAGAGACGUCUGGUCUCGCCAUGAUGGUUUUCAAUUGCUGAAACGACUCGAU